UCUGAUCUCGUUUAUCAUUUUUGUUUUCUCCUUAAUUCACAAUUAAUUGUGUUUAACGCAAAAUCAUUCCGGACCGGCUGAACCGGUGGUUUCCGGCCAGAACUAUUCCGUAGCAAGAAUGGUGAAGUUCUCAAAGGAGCUGGAGGCUCAGCUUAUACCGGAAUGGAAGGAUGCUUUUGUGAACUACUGGAACUUGAAGAAACAUGUAAAAAGGAUCAAGCUUUCAAGACGAGCCAAAUCGGUUCAAGAUGGCCAUGAUUUUGGCCGGUCUAUUUUCGAUCCGGUUCGGGCUCUGGUCCAGAGGCUCUCUGGGAGGGACGGGGACGCCGGCGUCGAAAAGCCGGAAAGUUCUCAGGCGAAUACCCAAAGUAAAGGAGAAGAGAGUAGUGAUGGAGAACAAGAAAACUAUCCAGAAAUACGUGAGAAUGAAAAUGAGCUUGUUCAGUUAUUCUCCGAGGAAGAUGAGGUCAAUGUAUUUUUCGAAAAAUUGGAUGAAGAGCUUAAAAAAGUAAAUGAAUUUUACAAGAAUAAGGAGAGUGAGUUUCUUGAAAGAGGGGAGAACUUGAACAAACAGCUACAAAUUCUGUUGGAUCUGAAGCAUGUUAUCAAUGACCGCCGCCGGAAACUUCUCGGCGGUUCAAAAUCAGCUUCUCCAGGUUUCUCCCACUCUAGCUCCUCCGCUCAAGACUCCGAUUCAUCCGAGAACCGGAACGAAUGUUGUGUUAGUCCAACAAUGGAAGACAACACAACAUCGGAGACAGACAAUGUGAUCAGCGCACUAGAAAGGAACGGAAUAGGCUUUGUUCACACUUUGACAAAUAGGGGAAAAUCUAACAAGUGGAAGCCAAAGAUGGGAGUAAGAAUUGAGAUUCCAGCCACCACCCCAACACGGGCCAUCUCCACCAUCACAUCAAUGGUUUUGGAAGAUUUUCUCAACAACCCCAUCAAAGAAGGUGAAAGAGAAUAUGUGAAUAAUAGGAAAAUCCAAUGUGCUGAAAAGAUGAUUAGAAAGGCUUUUGUGGAACUCUACCGUGGGCUUGGAUUACUAAAAACAUACAGCUCUCUCAACAUGGUGGCUUUUGUGAAGAUCCUUAAGAAAUUUGAUAAGGUAUCUAAGCAGGAGACAUCUACAUGUUAUCUCAAGAAAGUGAAGAUGUCAUAUUUCGUUAGUUCUGAUAAGGUGGUUAGACUAAUAGAUGAAGUGGAGUCCUUAUUCACUCAGCACUUUGCUAAAAAUGAACGGAAAAAGGCAAUGAAGUUCUUGCGACCACAACGACCAAAAGAAUCUCAUAUGAUAACAUUUUUUUCUGGGUUAUUCACGGGAUGUUUUGUCACCUUAUUUGGAGUGUAUGGUAUAUUGGCACAUUUGAGUGGUAUGUUUUCCACUGGAACAGAAGCCGGCUAUGUUGAAACAGUCUACCCAGUUUUCAGCAUGUUUGCCUUAUUAAGCUUGCAUGUGUUUUUGUACGGGUGUAAUCUGUUUCUGUGGAAGAACACGCGGAUCAAUGUAAACUUUAUUUUCGAUCUACAACCAAAAACAGCCUUAAAAUACAGAGAUGCUUUCCUUAUCUGCACCUCCUUGAUGACUAUUGCUGUUGGAGCUAUGGUCGUCCAUCUCAUUCUCUUAUCCAAAGGAUUUACCUCUAAUCAAGUCGAUGUCAUUCCUGGCAUUCUCAUUCUGUGUCUUAUAGGAAUGCUUUUUUGUCCAUUCAACAUACUUUACCGCCCAACGCGCGUAUGUUUCCUUAGAGUGAUUCGAAACAUAAUUUGCUCUCCUUUUUACAAGGUUUUGAUGGUAGACUUCUUCAUGGCAGACCAACUUACUAGUCAGAUCCCCUUGUUGAGGCACAUGGAAUCCACAGCCUGCUACUUCCUUGCAGGGAGCUUCAAGACACACAAAUAUGAGACCUGCAAAUCCGGACGGAUGUACACGGAGCUUGCUUACGUCAUCUCCUUCGCGCCAUACUAUUGGCGGGCAGCCCAGUGCGCGAGGCGGUGGUUGGAUGAAGGCGACGCGAACCACCUCGCUAACUUCGGGAAGUACCUAUCGGCCAUGGUGGCCGCCGGCGCGAGGCUGACGUUCGCCGGACAACCGGAAUCGCAGCUAUGGCUGGCUAUUGUGCUGCUCACUUCAAUCAUAGCCACCACUUACCAGUUGUAUUGGGACUUUGUCAAGGAUUGGGGAUUUUUCAACCUCAAUUGCAAGAACACUUUGCUUAGGGAUGAUUUGAUUCUCAAGAAUAAAAUCAUUUACUAUUUUUCAAUUGCCCUGAAUUUUGUCUUGCGACUGGCGUGGGUGGAGACAGUGAUGCGUUUCAAUGUUGGAGUUUUCGAGUCACGCUUGCUCGACUUUUCUUUGGCUUCACUGGAGAUUAUUAGGCGAGGACACUGGAACUUCUACAGGUUGGAGAAUGAACAUUUGAACAAUGUUGGAAGGUUUAGAGCAGUGAAGGCAGUGCCAUUGCCAUUUCGCGAAACAGACUCUGAUUGCUGAUAAAAGUAUUCUCAUUGUUGAAUAAACUCUAUUUUUAUUAUCCACAUGUAAAUACCAUGAAGUUGAGUUCUGGAUGUGCUAAACUGUAAAGAUCAUUAUAACACAAUCUUAGCUAUUGAAUUUUUAAAAUCUUAGACUGUAUAGUCGAUGGUGAUAUGAUUUCUGCAUGAUAUUGUAAUAUACUUUUAGAACUUUCCUUCCUUUAACAUUUCUGUGAUCCGUUUGGAGAGGCAAUAUGCUGUUGCCUGGAUGGUGAUCAUGGGGUUAACACCAACAGCACCAGGAAGUACACUGGCAUCACAGACAAAGAGCCCCUCCGCUUCCCAGCUCUCUCCAUUCUCGUCAACUGCUCCUUCCUUAGCGCUGGUCCCCAUUCUACAGCUCCCCAUUUGAUGGGCAGAAGAAUAGAUACUAAAGUCCUUCACCAUUGAUUUUGGGCCCUCGGCUGCUAUUACUGUGUCUAAAAAUGCCUCCAACUCCUCUUCACUCUUUCCUUUACACUCAACUUUCUGGCCGUUACUCAGGUGUGUCCCCACCUCAACCGCUCCUGCUGCUAUUAAAAUCCUCAAUGUUUGGCGUAUCCCAACCGUUAGAUUUUCCUUAUCCAACGCAUCAAAUGUGUAGCUUAUCCUUCCUUCAGAUCUCACUUCUCCGGUCCCUUUGUCUUUGACCUGUUACAUUGCGAACAAAUGUGCAGUUCUUGAAUACUUGAGCAUUGUUUCCUUUAUGUCCAAACCAGACUUCCACGGGAGAAGUGUGGCAAACGACCCUGGCCCUAGGAUGGGAGCUUCUAUGAUGGCUCGCACAUUAGAUUCACCAUUUCCAACUUUAUGCACAGACGUAAUUAUCCCUCCCUCGUAGUUUUUCCCCUUGACCUCUGUAUUGGACUCCGGGAAGUACCCCCACGCCAUUAAAACCGGGUGGAGGUGGAGAUUCCGUCCUAUGUUCGGGUUUGUUAAUCCACUUGUGAGCAUAAGGGGAGGCGUUCUAAGUGACCCACCUGCCGAGAUAGUGACCUUAGCCUUGAUGCAUAUCGUCUUUGCACUGUUCACGGUAGUUGCUAUCACUCCCAUACACUUCUUGUCCCGUGUUUUCCCGCUCUUUUGAAGUAAAAACCUCUGGGCUUUGCAGCCUGUUAAGAUCACGGCCCCACAUUUCACGGCAUCAACUAGCCAAUUGACAUCAGUGCCCUUCUUGUCCCCCCUUCUACAACCAUAACAGCAGGACCCACAAUCGUGACUUGGGGAAGAGUUUCGUGGGACGAGUUCGACUUCGAGACUGAGGUUCUCACACCCUUUCCUGAGAAUCUUGUUCUGGAAUCCUUCAUUAGAACAACCCUCCGUUACGCCGAUUCUUUCACAAACUUUAUCCAUGGCAGAAUUGUACUCGGGGCUUGAAAAGAGUGAGAUUUUGUGAUUCUUGGACCAUUCUUGGAUUGUCGAGAUGGGGGUUUUAAUGCAGGCUGACCAGUUAACGGCAGAGCCACCGCCCACGGUUGAACCUGCCAUAACCACCACCUUUCCGUCAAUGGUUGAGAGGAUCCCUCCAUUUUCAUAUAACUCGUUCAAUGAGGGGCCUUCCAGAGAUGAAUAAUCAGAUUUGGUAAAAUAGUUUCCUUUUUCAAGAACUAACACUUUCUGGCCUGAGCCUGCAAGAAUGGCUGCAGCCACUGCCCCACCACAGCCCGAGCCAACGAUUACAACAUCACACUCGAUAUUUAUGUGAUUUUGUAUGGGAUCUUUUGUCGCUUUUAGUCCUUUUUGGAGAAGAGAAUUGACCAAAGUUGAUUCGUUUUCGUUUUCAGUUUCCACUAUCCCCAUCUGAAGAGGUCUUUCUUCCUCUGAUUUCUUCUGAGACAAGUUCUCAGCAUAGUUAUCCACUUGGUAUCCCAUGGCUUCCCAUGCUGGAUUCUUUGAGUCUUCA